GUGGGAACACUGCACCAAUCAUCUGUAAUUUACAAGGCAGAUUUAUGAGCAUGAAUGUUCUGUUAGGGGGAAAGAAGUCGGUCACGAUGUGGACUUUCUCAUCACACAUCCUGAAGAAGGCAGAGAGGAAGGACUCAUGCCAAAAAUCAUAAACUGGUUGGAGGGGCGGGAUUUACUCUUAUAUCAGAAAUGGACCAGAAACUCUUAUUUGGAAAAACUGGACGGUCCAGCUCGGCCAGCUAAUAAUAUGGACCGCUUUGAGAGAUGCUUUUCCAUAUUUAAGCUUGAUAGACCUGCCGAGACCACGGGAAGUGAAGGUGUAAGAUCCAGCGACCAAUCAAAGGCCACGAGCUGGCGAGCAGUGCGGGUCGAUUUGGUGGUCAGUCCUUACAGCCAGUUUGCCUUCGCUACUCUUGGCUGGACGGGAUCAAAGCUUUUUGAGAGGGAGUUGAGACGGUGGGCGGGGCAAGAGAAGCACAUGUCAUUGAGCAGCCACGCCCUUUACGACAGCAAUCAACGAUGUUAUGUCAGAGUCCAGUCAGAGGAGGAGAUCUUCGCUUACCUGGGUCUGGAGUUUAUUCCUCCGUGUGAACGAAACGCCUGAAAACGUCUCUUUUCGUUUAUCACUACAGAUGUGCCUGUUUGCUUUACAUUCAUCUGCCGACUUUGCAUUUCUGCUCUCAAAGCAGCUGAUCAGAUCAUGUGUCGUAAAUAAAGCUUUUUAGUAAGUAAUGGAAAGAGACUACAAAUGUUUUGCAAAGAUCAGAUAUCUGACGGUGUUUUAGUGCACAUGAUUUGAUCAGAAGUCUUUAGUCUUUCCAUAUCCUGUGCUGUGGUAAAACUUGAACUAAGUUAUUUUUUUGUAAGAGAUUUCCUGUUGAUAUUUAUAAAAUACAUUGUUUGAAACUUGAUCAUUAAAUUAUUUAUAUUUUAUGCUUAAAUACAUAAUUAAAACUAUUUUAAUUGAAA